CUCCGCCCUCGAUCGUGCUGAUUCGCCUUUGCUCAGAGACGGACAUUGGAGAUCAGUCAAGAUGGUCAAGCUAGGCAAAAAUUCGAAGCGGGUUCCCGUCCGCCUACGACACAAGAUCGAAAAGGCCUCCGCGGCCAAGCAACGCAAGCAGAGAAAGCUUGCGAAGCAGAACCCCGAGUGGCGCUCCAAGAUCAAGAAGGACCCCGGUAUCCCGAACCUUUUCCCCCACAAGGACAAGAUCCUCCACGAGAUCGAAGAGAGAAAGCGCCUGAAGGCGGAGGAACAACAGCGCAUCCGCGAUGAAGCCCGUGCCCGCAAGCUGGCCCAGAAGGAAGGAUCGGACGAGGAGCCCGUCCAGGCCAAUGCCAAUGUCAUGAUUGACGAGGACGACCUGAUCGACGAUGAUAUGGAUGAGGAUGUCGGUGAUUCCUCGAACCCUAUGGCGGCACUGCUUGCUUCCGCCCGCGCGAGAGCCGCGGAGUACGAGGAAGAGCAGUCUGAUGAGGAUGACGAUGAGAUGGAUGAGGACGAUGACGAGGACAUGGAUGAAAUGGACGAGGACGUCGAGGAAGGCGGAGCCACUCUGAACGUCACCGCUCCCUCCUUGGCCUCCCAGAUUGCGUCGAAGGAGAGCUCACGACGGGCCUUCGACAAGGUCUUCAAGCAGGUGGUCGAUGCUGCAGAUGUCAUUCUGUACGUCCUUGACGCUCGUGAUCCGGAGGGAACUCGGUCCAAGGAGGUGGAGCGGGAGAUCAUGUCUGCCGAUGGCGGCAACAAGCGAUUGAUCCUGAUCCUCAACAAGAUCGACCUGGUGCCUCCCCCGGUCCUCAAGGCCUGGCUGGUGCACCUGCGCCGUUACUUCCCCACCCUGCCCCUCAAGGCUUCCAACGGCACCGCCAACGCACACAGCUUCGACCACAAGCAGCUGACCGUCAAGGGCACCUCCGAGACGCUCUUCCGCGCCCUCAAGUCGUACGCACACAACAAGCAGAUGAAGCGGUCCAUUUCCGUCGGUGUGAUCGGUUACCCCAACGUUGGCAAAUCCUCCGUCAUCAAUGCCCUGACGGCCCGUCUCAACAAGGGAUCCAGCAACGCUUGCCCGACUGGCGCCGAAGCCGGUGUGACCACCAGCCUGAGAUCGGUGAAGCUGGACAGCAAGCUCAAGUUGAUCGACUCUCCCGGUAUUGUCUUCCCGAACGCAGGCAACAAGGGUGACAAGAAGAAGAAGAAGCAGGAGGAGCACGCGCGUCUGAUCCUGCUAAAUGCGGUGCCCCCCAAGCAGAUCGAGGACCCCGUUCCCGCCGUGUCUCUGCUGCUCAAGCGCUUGUCGACUUCGGACGAUCUCAUCACGAAGCUACUGCAGCUCUACAACAUCCCGCCUCUCAUCCCAUCGGGUGGCGACCAGACACACGACUUCCUGAUCCACGUCGCCCGCAAGCGCGGUCGUCUGGGUAAGGGCGGUGUGCCCAACCUGGAUGCCGCGGCGAUGACGGUGAUCAACGACUGGAGAGACGGUCGGAUCCAGGGAUGGGUCAACGCGCCGGUGCUGCCGGUGGUUGCGGCGGAGGGAGCGACUGAGCCGGCGGCUGGCGUGGACACGAAGCAGAUCGUGACCGAGUGGGCGGCGGAGUUCAAGAUCGAGGGGCUGUGGGGUAACGGUGAAGACGAUGAGAUGGCCGAGUAGAUGUUUUUCUCAUGGAUACCAAGGCGUUCUGGUUCUUAAAAGGUAGAUAGUCAAUUGCGAGCAUGAACAAUUGCGAGAUGAACAUAUGACCU